CGGGAGCCCGGGGCUUGGUCAUUAUGGGAGGGGCGUUAAUUAGUUACAGUGAGGCGGUAAUUAGUAAGCAGAGAGGGUGGAGGCUGUUCCGAAGGGAUUGUGUGGGGGAUCUUGGAGGGGUUUGUCAGGAAUAGAAUUUGGUCUCGGAGCUCCAGCACCAUGCAGAGAGCUUCACGGCUCAGAAGGGAGCUCUCACUCCUGGCUACAGAGCCACCUCCAGGCAUCACUUGCUGGCAGAACGGGCAGCUGGAUGAUCUACGGGCACAAAUUUUAGGAGGUGUGGACACACCAUAUGAGAAAGGAAUAUUCAACCUGGAAAUCAUAGUUCCUGAAAGGUACCCAUUUGAGCCGCCAAAGAUUCGCUUCCUGACCCCCAUCUACCAUCCCAACAUCGACUCUGCUGGAAGGAUUUGCCUGGAUGUUCUUAAGUUACCACCAAAGGGUGCAUGGAGGCCUUCCCUGAAUAUCUCCACCCUGCUGACCUCCAUCCAGCUGCUGAUGGCAGAGCCCAACCCUGACGAUCCUCUCAUGGCCAAUAUCUCCUCGGAGUACAAGUACAACAAGCAGCUGUUCCUGCUCAAUGCCAGGGAGUGGACCGAGAAAUACGCAGGGCAGCCGGGGGCUUCCAAGCCUUUGGAAGAGAAAAUCAUUCAAAGUGAAACAAGCCCCAGCAGUGACUCAACCAUGCAGAAAAGAAAAGGGGUUGACAUGAGUAGGAAGGAGAAGAAAUCCCGCUCAGAUUCCUGAGGGGUUUUUUUUUUCUCUUUGGGCUGUCCCUCUCCCCUUCCCCUCACACAUGUACAAGGAAAGAGUCUGCCUUUUAGGGACUGCACCAGCUUUGGGUUUCUGUUUCUUUGGGAUGUUAUUUUUUUUUUGUGAAAAGUUCCAUUAUAUUAAUAAAAUAUAAAGCUUUUAAUUUA